CGUCGUUCCCGAUGACCAGGCGGAUCGGACAUCCGUAUCAGAACAGAACACCGCCGAAGAGGAAGAAGCCGCGCACCUCCUUCACCAGACUGCAGAUCGCCGAACUGGAGAAGAGAUUUCACAAGCAGAAGUAUCUGGCGUCGGCGGAACGGGCGGCGCUCGCCAAAAGUCUGAAGAUGACCGACGCCCAAGUCAAGACGUGGUUCCAGAACCGAAGAACCAAGUGGCGACGACAGACCGCGGAGGAAAGAGAGGCCGAGCGACAGGCCGCCAACCGUCUGAUGCUCUCGCUGCAGGCGGAGGCCCUCAGCAAGGGUUACAUGCCGGAGGGCGCGGCGCCCUCCGCCCCCGGACCGGCGGACACCGCGCUCAGCGCCCUGCAGAAUCUGCAGCCGUGGGCGGGACCCUACACCGCCCCGCAGCCGCCCCUCACCGAGUCCAUCUGCUAAUGACACAUCAACUAUUGCCAUGGAAACGAACAAAUGACGGAUCAGCAUCCCGACGAUCCGAUAAAAGAAGACGAGGAAGCAGAAGCAGAGACUGUUGUUAUUUAUAUAAACAAGAAAGAAAGUUAAAA